AUGGCUGCACCCCCGGCUUUAGCGUCUGCCACCCCCUCGGCGCCGCCGCCGCCCACUGCGGAUCGAGACCCGCCCGACCAGCCAGGGGAGAAGAGCGACACUGCACGCGAGGACUGCAGCAAUGCCGAGUCCCUGGACAGGCUCCUCCCACCCGUGGGCACAGGGCGUUCGCCCCGGAAGCGCACAACAAGCCAGUGCAAAUCAGAGCCACCCCUGCUGCGGACCAGCAAACGGACCAUCUACACGGCAGGGCGGCCCCCCUGGUACAAUGAGCACGGCACACAGUCCAAGGAGGCCUUUGUCAUUGGCCUGGGCGGUGGCAGCGCCUCUGGAAAGACCACUGUGGCCAGGAUGAUCAUCGAGGCCCUGGACGUCCCCUGGGUGGUCCUGCUGUCCAUGGACUCUUUCUAUAAGGUGCUGACCACACAGCAGCAGGAGCAGGCCGCCCGCAAUAACUUCAAUUUUGACCACCCUGAUGCCUUUGACUUCGACCUCAUCAUCUCUACUCUGAAAAAGCUGAAGCAGGGCAAGAGCGUCAAAGUGCCCAUCUAUGACUUCACCACCCACAGCCGCAAGAAGGACUGGAAAAUGCUCUACGGCGCCAAUGUCAUCAUCUUCGAGGGCAUCAUGGCCUUUGCGGACAAGACGCUGCUGGAGCUCCUGGACAUGAAGAUCUUCGUGGACACUGACUCUGACAUCCGUUUGGUACGGCGUCUACGCCGUGACAUCAGCGAGCGAGGUCGGGACAUCGAGGGCGUCAUCAAGCAGUACAACAAGUUCGUGAAACCCGCCUUCGACCAGUACAUCCAGCCCACCAUGCGCCUGGCUGACAUCGUGGUGCCCAGAGGGAGCGGAAACACGGUGGCCAUUGACCUGAUCGUGCAGCAUGUGCACAGCCAGCUGGAGGAGCGUGAACUCAGUGUCAGGGCUGCGCUGGCCUCUGCACACCAGUGUCACCCUCUGCCACGGACGCUGAGCGUUCUUAAGAGCACGCCGCAGGUGCGGGGUAUGCACACUAUCAUCAGGGACAAAGAGACCAGCCGUGACGAGUUCAUUUUCUACUCCAAGCGGUUGAUGCGCCUCCUCAUCGAGCAUGCUCUCUCUUUCCUGCCCUUCCAGGAGUGCGUGGUGCAGACCCCGCAGGGUCAGGACUACUCGGGCAAGUGCUACGCGGGGAAGCAGAUCACUGGUGUGUCCAUUCUGCGAGCGGGUGAGACCAUGGAGCCAGCGCUGCGGGCCGUGUGCAAAGACGUGCGCAUCGGCACGAUCCUCAUCCAGACCAACCAGCUCACCGGGGAGCCCGAGCUCCACUACCUGCGGCUGCCCAAGGACAUCAGUGACGACCACGUCAUCCUGAUGGACUGCACCGUGUCCACGGGCGCCGCGGCGAUGAUGGCGGUGCGCGUGCUCCUGGACCACGACGUGCCCGAGGACAAGAUCUUCCUGCUGUCCUUGCUCAUGGCUGAGAUGGGUGUGCACUCUGUGGCCUACGCGUUCCCGCGCGUGAAGAUCAUCACCACGGCAGUGGACAAGCGUGUCAACGACCUUUUCCGCAUCAUCCCUGGCAUCGGGAACUUCGGCGACCGCUACUUUGGGACGGACACGGUCCCCGAUGGCAGCGACGAGGAGGAAGUGGCCUGCAUGAGUUAGUGGCCCAGGCUGUACCCUCCCCAUGCCUGUCCCCACCCUUUCCUCAUCCUGCCCCCAUGGUCUAAGCUUCCAAGGUAGACAGACGUUAACUUAUUUUAAUAAUAAAAAAGUCACCUGUGAUUUUUUUAUUCUCCUUGU